AUGUCCCCUAACCACUUCGUCCCUAUCUCCUUUCUCUCGACCUUCUACAUUUUUCAUUCAUUUUUUUCUCACUUCCCCGCUUUGACUUCCAGUCAGCCAGCCAGUGAGCCACGGUCUUCAACGCUACGGUCCUCAAGCAAAACAUUUGAGACUCUAUGCGCCAUUAAAUCCUUUGCACCUUUUUUUCGCAUCUCACUGCUAAGUGCCAGAGUUGGACGCAUUUUCUUUUUUUUUCUCAACAAGGCUGGUCUGCCAUACAAACAUACUCCCUCUGAAGGUUUUUUCUUUUUUAAUUUUUCGUUUUUUUUUUAUUUCUUCCCAUCCUCUGUUCUUUCUCUUUUCUUUUCUUUCUUCUUUUUGCUUUCCUCUCUCUUUUUUGUUCUUUCUUUCACAUUUUUAUACUUUCUCUCUCGUUUUUGUUCUUUCUCUCGCUUUCUUUUGUUCUUUCUCUCUCUUUUUUGUUCUUUCACUCCCGUGUUUUUUCUCUUUCUUUUGGUCUUUUUCUCACAUUUCCUUUUCCAUCUGUAUUUUUAUUUGAUUAUUAAUUUACUGUCUCCUUCAUUUGUUCUUGUCGUCCUCCAUCAUUUUGUUUUGUUUUUCCUGUCUCUUUUUCUUUCUGAUUAUUCUCUUAUUUUUACUUGUUCAUUUCUCAUUCUCCCUUUUCUUAUUUUUCCUAUUCUUUUUCUCUUUUUUGUCUUUGUUGUUCUUCCCUUCUAUUUUUUUCUUGUUCUUUUCUUCUUGUUCUUUUUAUCUUUUUCUUUUUCCUUUUGUACUUCUUUUUGUGUGCCUUUUUGUUUUUUCCUUCAUUUUUCUUCAUGUUUUUUCUUUCUUCUUUUAUCAUUUUUUCUUCCUUUUAUUUUGCUCUUCUCCUUAUUGUUUUACCUUUCUCAUAUCUUCAUGUUCUUUCUUUCGUUUUCUCCUUUUUCUUUACCUCUUAUUUUCUCCUUCCUUUUGCUCUUCCUUUAUCUUUCUUUCUUUCUUUCUUUCUUUCUUUCUUUCUUUUCUAUUCCUUUUCCUUCUUAA